AUGGCACCCGAGACGCAGUCCUCAGCCCCGUCUCAAUGCGUCGGUCCUGAGUACCGUCCAUCUGCUCUGAAGCCAACUGCAACCGUCUCGACUCCUAUCAAACAGAGCAAUGUCCACAUCCUGCCUCAAAGCCCUCAGCUGAUAGCACUGCUCACUAUGAUUCGCGACCGCAACACAGGCCGUGCAGACUUCAUCUUCUACAGCAAUCGAAUCAUUCGUCUUCUGGUCGAGGAAGGUCUCAACCACCUUCCCGUGGAAUCGCAAGAGAUCACUACUCCCGUAGGCCGCACUUAUUCGGGCGUUAAGUUCCAAGGCAAAAUAUGCGGUGUCUCUAUCAUGCGUGCGGGAGAGUCCAUGGAGCAGGGUUUGAGGGAUUGCUGCAGGAGUGUGCGCAUUGGUAAAAUCUUGAUCCAAAGAGAUGAAGAGACCAGCAAACCCAAGCUGUACUAUGACAAAUUGCCUGAAGACAUUAGUGACCGAUGGGUACUGCUUCUGGAUCCCAUGCUUGCUACCGGUGGUUCGGCGCUCAUGGCAAUUGACGUGCUCAAGUCCCGAGGUGUACCAGAGGACCACAUCCUCUUCCUCAACCUUAUUGCAAGCCCUGAAGGUGCGCAAAGCUUGGCGGAGAAGUUCCCCAAGGUUCGUGUGGUUACGGCCUUUGUUGACGAGGGUCUGGACGAAAAGAACUACAUCAUUCCUGGUCUGGGUGACUUUGGCGACCGUUUCUACACGAUGUAA